UCUACUUCCUUUUCUUUUCGGCCAUUUUCCGCCCCACACGGGAAGUAGGCAACCAUGGCUCCCAGCCGUAAUGGAAUGAUCCUGAACCCCCACUUCCACAAGGAUUGGCAGAGGAGAGUACAGACAUGGUUCAACCAGCCAGCCAGGAAGAUCCGCAGACGUAAGGCCCGUCAGGCAAAGGCCCGCCGUGUUGCUCCACGGCCUGUCGCUGGACCUCUGAGGCCGAUGGUCAGGUGUCCAACCAUCAGAUACCACACUAAAGUUCGUGCUGGACGUGGCUUCACACUGGCGGAGAUCAAGGCAGCUGGCAUUCACAAGAUGACCGCCCGCACUAUUGGCAUUGCAGUGGAUCACCGCCGUCGUAACAAAUCCACGGAGUCUCUGCAGGCCAAUGUCCAGCGCCUGAAGAUCUACCGCUCCAAACUGGUCCUGUUCCCCAGGAAGGCAUCUGCCCCCAAGAAGGGAGACAGCACUGAGGAGGAAGUCAAGAUGGCCACUCAGCACAUGGGUGUACUUAUGCCCAUCAAACCGGCCCACAAGAAGGAGAAGGCACGCGUCAUCUCUGAGGAUGAAAAGAACUUCAAGGCCUUCGCCAGCCUGCGUAUGGCUCGUUCCAACGCCCGUCUUUUCGGCAUUCGUGCCAAGAAAGCAAAGGAGGCUGCAGAGCAGGAUGUGGAGAAGAAGAAGUAAUAAUCUUGCUUUGGGACUUUGCAAAAUAAAAUGUACAAAAGA